AUGGCUGCUGCACCAUCAUCCCGUCCCUUCGAGUAUCUCGAAAGCCUUCCUGGCAUGGUCUUUUUCAAACUCUAUCAGCAGCCGUCAACUGCCCUCGCCAUCUUCAGGCGCAUGCUGCCUGACCUGGCAAAAUGCUUUGUGAUGGCGCUUCUCUACCUGAAGGAUCCGCUCCCCGCAGCGGAUCUCGAGGUUUGGGUUAAGUCCGAAAGCUUGAAGGAACGAGACAAUGCGCUCUCGAUCCUAGGGAGACUGCAUAUCCUGUCCAAUACCGUCACAGCGGACAAUAUUCGAGCCUACAUGGUCACCGAUCCGUUUGCCACAUCGUUGCGAAACGCUCUCACCGGUGCCGACCAAACCCAAUCAUUUGGUGUCCUCUCACACGUCCCAAGUGGCCCGGAAGUCUCUAUUUCCGGCUUAGAUGAAUAUGCGCGACGGCAGUGGGAAGGAGUGCUGGGAUACAUGGUGGGUACCGGCGGCUUAGGAACCCAGCGUGAGGUGACCCUCAGCAAAGGAGUGAAGGAGCUCCUGCAGGCGGGUCAUCUGGUGGAGAUCAGAGACCGUCGUGUUGAAAUCACCCAGGAUGGCUUCGCCUUUGUCCUACAAGACGUCAGUACCCAGGUAUGGCAUAUUCUGAUCCUCUACGUUGAAAGCGCGACGGCCAUUGGGAUGGAUAGUGUCGAGGUCCUCUCCUUCGUUUUCCUUCUAAGCAGUCUGGAGCUCGGAAAAUCAUACGAAAAGAAUCACCUCACAUCCAAGCAACUCCGCAUGCUCACCGAUCUGGCCGACUUUGGUAUCGUCUACCAGGAGUCGCCCGAUGCGCCGCGUUUCUACCCCACCCGUCUCGCGACCACGCUUACUUCCGAUUCCAGUGCGCUGAGCAACCCUAUUUUGGGCGCUCUUUCGGGGCCCACUGGCGAUCCCUCCAGCAAGGCGGGCACGGGCUUCAUCAUCAUCGAAACCAACUAUCGUGUCUACGCAUACACUUCCUCUCCGCUGCAGAUCUCUCUGAUUGCUCUAUUCACUACUCUAAAAUAUCGCUUCCCCAACCUCAUCACCGGCAAGAUCACCCGCCAGUCAGUCCGCCGAGCCGUCGAGAUGGGUAUCACCGCCGACCAGAUCAUCUCGUACCUCUCUACCCACGCGCACCCUCAAAUGCGCAAGCACAACGUCUCCCGCUCCACAUCCAACCAGGCCGGGAUUCCCCCGUCCGUUCUACCGCCCACGGUUGUCGACCAGAUCCGCCUUUGGCAACUGGAGCGUGACCGCGUCAAGGCCACAUCAGGAUUCCUGUUCAAAGACUUUGUCAGUGGAUCUGAAUACGAGGCCCCGUGCCGCUAUGCGGAGGAAAUCGGCGUUCUCGCGUGGAAGUCCGAUAAGAAGCGGAUGUUUUUCGUGACGCGACACGAACAGGUCGCGGCUUUCUUGCGGAGCCGAAAAUGA